AUGAGUAUGAUAAGUUACGAAGGAGAAAGGGAUUUAGAAAAGUGUGAGCAGACGUUUGAAGAGGAGGAAAUAGAAUUACCAGAGGACAGUACUGGCGGAAAGUUGACAUACUUUCUUGCCCCAUAUUUCUUCGAGAAAACAUGGUUAUAUGACAUUAUCACUUCUCUUUCAGCUGCACUUUUGUCAUCGGUUACACCAUUAGUGUAUUUUAGUCUGUGUGACUUUUAUCACGAUCCACUCGAAUCAGAACUUUCAGACUUUUUAUCUCCCUUAUGGAUGAUCAUUCAUUGCUUCCUAUGCUUUAUGAUGCUUUUUGUGAACUUUAUUGACCAUAGGAAAAAGGUUAAUAUUGAGACAAAAGCGCUCCAAAAGUUACUGAAGGAAGUCGGUGAAAUGGACCUGACCGGGGAUCCAGUAGCUUGGCGGAGAAUUGCAUCUAGAGUUAAUCACUUUUCUGAAGAGACAGGAUAUCGGUAUUCCCUUUUUUGCAGUGGGGAGCAUUGUAUGCGCUUUUUUGUGAGAGAAAUCGUAAAACCAAUAGAAUGUCAGACCUACGACAUCAGGUGUUAUUACGAAAGAGAAAGGUACAGGAAUUUUUGGAAAAAUCCAUCAAAUAAGGCCCUAACUGAAAGAGCACUUGCGAAUUAUAACAAUAGCGUUGAGAAUUUUGGUGAAUUAUUACAUACGACAGAAAAAGAUAAAUUUAGACAUGGUAUUUUCGAAAAGUUUCUCAAUAUUUUCAGCACCUCAAUACUUUAUUUGGGGGCAAUAGAGUUUGCUUCCUUUAUGAUUAUGAUGCUGACCUUCAUUAUCUCGAUGAUUGCAUGGAUCAUUUUUCAUCCAUUCGCUACCGCUUAA